UGGUUGCAAAGUAGAUAAAACAAAUACUCGGCCUACAUUUCUGCAAACAGGCUGCUGCUCGUCCGCGUUUGUAUUAUUGACGGAGUAUUUUGGAGGAGUAUCAGAAAGUCAUAAAAAUGGAGAUGGGAAAAUGUUAUUCUCGGAAGGCUACAAGGAGUGGAUGGAACCGCCGCUUACUGUCCCUGGUGGUUGUCUUAUUGACCCUGGAAAUCACCACGGCCGAGGCCAGCAUUCAUAAGUCGACCUCUUUCAACAGGCUUUGCAAAAGAUGCGCAAUAAAGAACCAGGUGCCUCUGUCUACGACGGUAGAGAAAAGUGUGUUUCACUGUGGAAUGUUCUGCGUGAACUACCGAGACUGUGCUAUCUUCGACUGGUCUCAAGAGGGCGUGUGUAACGCUUACGCCUGGUCUAGCAGCUUGGAGUGGCGUGAAGAUGCCGAGUUUCGUGUUUAUGAAAUUGUUAACCCAUAAAGGGAAACACACGUCAAAUCAUGCUAUACGGUAUGUGCUUUUUAGCGCAAUUCACAAUAACAUCUCAAUGCACCUUUAAAGCAAAAUACACAUCAGUUCCCUGAUGGGCCCACUUUCAAAGAGCUGCUUAACCAAAACAGUCAUAGCUAACAAUUACUUACCUGAGUACUGUUAACAGUCAACACACCAUUUCACAAGCUCAAAUGUGUGACUGGUACCCUGCUUAUUUCGGCUUAGCAGAAAACUGUUAAGCCAAAUAUGCUGCUUAAGGAACGUUUCAGAUUUGGUAAGAAACACAAAUCGUGAAAAUCACAGAUUUACAUUAAACUUACACGGUCUAAUGAUGAUGAUAGUU